AUGGCGCCAAGCGAUAAGGGGCCUAGCGCAACGGGUCUCAACUGGAAUCUACCAGGUCCAACGCGGUUCGAGCCACCCGAGUCCAGCAAACACGGGGACGGGGAGGACAUGUACUUUGUGAAAAGGGACAAGCCGAGGAAAAGAAACCUUUUUAAGCUUGUUUACGCCGGGCCCGCUACGAUGCGAGAACAGACAAAUACAAUAAGCACAUGGCAAAAUACAGGACAACAUACUUUGUCAGUACAACAUACGGCAUACGGCCAUCUCGUAUUCAUGGAGGUCGUGGAUCUCGUUGCCUCUGCUGUCUCGCCUCGCCACGCUCAGUAA